AUGGACCGACAGCGCGGGUUGGACGACAUGGCGCUGAGCUGGCGACGGCGACGUAGGCCGGGUGAGUUGCUGGUAAUUUCGGAGCUCCUUGAAGUCAUUUUUGGAUCAUACAUGAUUUUUCAGUUCGCCCCAAAUCCCCUUCCAUUUCCACAUCUCAUUUCCAAUCGGGUACAAACAAAAUGCAGGUCAAACACACGAGUACAUCCGCUUUAACUCACACGCUUCUUUAUACAAUCACUUUUUACGUUCUCUUUAUCAUAUCAUCAGUGGCAGGAGAUGAGGCAUUAAAGUGUGAGUUCCCUUGAAAAUUGGCCCAAAAAUCCGCCGUAUCCAAAAAGCCUGCCUUUUUUCGCAAAAACGCUUUAUUUUCAGCCUCGGAGCGCCUUAUACCGGACGCCUUCAACGACAUGUCCAUCGAAGAUUUCAUCAGCAACUAUCUGAAUGCCAGCCGCGAAGCCAUGGACGACGAGAUGCUCGGAUCGACACCUCUGUCCGUGGAGAUCCCGCGCAACAUGAAGGAGCUGCGGAUGAGUUACAUGGCCGCCAUUCCGCGGAUGGAGAAGAACUUCUUUGACAGGCUGGCCCUUGUUUCGGCGGUAAAUUCGAACGAAAUUGGGACCGAUGUGAAUGUGCUGAGUGCGGCGGAUUGCUUUCAAAAAGAUUUCCAAGGUGAGUAUUGAUAGUGCUGAAAUGUUUAGCUACAGGGUCUUACAAAAAAACGUGAAGGAAAGUCGGAGGCCAUAACUUCCGGUGGAGGCGGCGCAGAGACUUCGUUUUUGGAAUAUGUAUUUUUUAACGACAUUAAUUUUUGCCUACGAAAUUACAAGAUUUUAGAGCGCAAACUCAGGUUGCGACAACCUUCUGAAGUAGGGGAAUUUCUACCCUGAAAACCAGUGUUUUUCGGUUGAAAAUGAUUGAGAAUUAGCCUUAGACUUUCCUUCAAGUUUUUUGCAAGACCCUGUAUUUCUUUGUGUUUUUUUUACCAUUUUUUUUCUUUCUAGGUGGAAUGAUAUCUGGAGCUGUUAACGUGGCUAUCAACGAGAUCAACGCGAACCCCGAUCUCCUGCCAGGAUGGUUUAUGACGUUGAUGUUCGAGAAUACAUGCGGCCGUGAAGAGAAGAGUAAGUUUGGAGGCUAAAAACUUUUCAGGACGUCUUGAAUCCUAUGAUUCUUUUUUACUAUGCCAUGACGUCAUAACUCUCAUUAAAUUUUUUUCGCAAUAUCGGCCUAUAAAUUAUUAAAAUUCAUUUACAAAAAACGACAAUUCCGAUACUUUUUGACCGUCUUUCCGCUUUCAGGUACACGUCAUUUCAUGGAGCAUUGGCGACUGGGCGCCAAAGUCUUCAUUGGGCCGGAAAUGAAUUGCCGCGUGGAAGCGGCCAUGGCGGCCGCUCAGAAUCUGCCCAUUUUGAGUUACAAAUGCAGAGAUCAGAAUUUGUCGGAUAAGAAGAAGUAAGUAAGAGGAUCAUAAGACAAUACAAAUCAGACUUAAAGAGAACUAAGAGAAAUUUGUGCGAGGGAGAGACAUGACUCUUAACUUUUAACAAUGGGUUGAGCUUUUUUAGCCAAAUAAAAUCGCUGUGGCACUCGUGUAGACCUAUAAUAAACCAGUUUGUCGUUAGAAAAACCCCCGUUUGUCUGAGAGAAACAAAUGACCCGAAAUUCAGCAAGAUGGGUCAAGUCUUCCUCUGACUCUGAAACAUACAAAAAGCCAAACAAAACAUAAUAAAACCUUCUAGAACCCUUUAAGCCAGAAUUUUGCAGUAUUUUCGAAUAACAAGUCCUACUUGGAACUCGUAUUUACAACACUUUUCUGUUUUCUCUUUGCACAAAUAUCCGAAAUUUCCAAAAUUGUUUCCCACGGGAGGAAAAGAGGCAGUUUUGCAGAAAUUGUAAACAAGAUGUAAUUAGCGUUAUACCGUAAUGUAUUACCGCUAAUCCCAUAAAAAGGGACCAUAAUUCCGCCAACUUUUCGCUUUUCUUCGCGAUUACAGUUUGGGGAUAUAGAAGAUUAGCGUUGAAGUGAACGUUCAAAUGAAUUGAUAGAGGGUUGAAAAAAUGUAUACGAUACACGCUUUAUUGUUAGACAAUUUGAGUGACCAGAGAUAAGAAUCACGAGAUUUUUUCGGUUUUUAUCAAAAUGCUAUGGAUAAUAUCAUUAUAUGUCCAAUGUGGAUAAAGUCCGACUGAUAAGGAUGAAAAGCGUCUGGAAAAGUGUUUUGUUACUUAUUUUACACUUUGACGAUCUAAAACAGUUCGAAAAACGGAAUGCCAAAAAUGGCGGGAAAUUAAAUUUUUGAAUUUAAAAAUUGAAAAUUGGUCUAUAAAUUGACAAAAAAGCCUAAAUUGAGCAAAUUUCAUUUCUUAUCUUUAAAAAAAACUUUUAUUUUCGUUGUAAAAUGCGUACAAAUUGAGCAACUCCCUUCAGGUAUCCCACAUUCGCCCGAACCGUUCCCGCCGAGACGGAGAUCACAAAAUCCUUCAUGUCGCUCAUGAAAUUCUACCAAUGGCAUCGGUUCGCCGUCGUCCAUGACAGUCGGGGCAACAACGCCGAGCUUUUUCAGUCGAUAAAAACGGCGAUUGAAGGGGAGAAUGAGCGGAUGGAUUUGCAGAGCUCCAGCGAGGAUCGGUAUCACAUUGCAAAUGUGAGCGUUGUGCCUUAUCCAUUUGAUGACAUUCAAGUGGAGACCAAGAACAUUAUUAAGGAUAUUGUUAAACAUACGAAGGAUGAGACGAGAAGUAAGCGCAAAAAAUUGAAGUCGAUGAUGUUGAUGUUGUGGGGGACCUUAUCCAGUGGCAAAAAACGUACAAUUUUGGAUUCGGGAAGCAUUAAAAAUGUGGCAAAAUGCUUCCCUCUUCAAGCAAAAAAACUUCCUUUUGAAGGGCGUUCUUUUUGAAAUCGGAGUUUUUCACUUGGAGAGGGAUGCAUUUUGACACAUUUUUGAUACUUCCCGGAUGCAAAAUGGCACGUUUUUUUGCCACCGGAUCAGAUCCCCCACUGUAUGCAAUAUAUGUAUAUAUAUUUUGAUUUUGUCAUUUUCAGUAUACGUCGUAUUCGGUGACCCAAUGAUGUUCCGAGCAUUCGUUACGGAAAUGGGUGAUACUGGUCUGAUGACUGAUGGGAAAUACGUUGCAGUCUACUUGGAUCCCGAUUACAAUUGGCUCAAUGCCUAUCAUGCAAACUCGAACCACUUCUUUCGAGGUGAGCGGACAAAAAGUUGGCAGUGCUCCAAAAAGCGAUGCUCUGCUUGAGUUAUCUACGUACAUACAGUGCGUCCCAGGUUUUUGGUUCCACCCCAUUUUUUGAUCUUAUCUCGAGGUGUUUUUUCUCAAACGCCAUGAAAUUUUACACAAGUGUUAAUCAACCUUUAAGAAUAAGCUAUGCAAACUUUCAUCCGAUUUGACUUCAGUAAUCUGACGUUAUCGCGAUUUUUUUAAAAUUUUGGGUGUCCCAGGUAUUUGGUUCCACUUGGAAAUUUGCGAGUUUUUGGUCCGGUUUUGAACCAACCUGCUCUUAAUACCAUUACUCGUGUUCUCUGUAGCAUUAGAAAGGGUAUUACAAACGGAUCUACCGUACUUUAUCGACGCGGCGGCCCCACGAGCCAUCUCUGACCUUGUACAUGAGGUAAGCAUUGGUUUUGAAAAAAAUCCCGAUUAGUGAUUUAUUUCCGGCGAGAAACAACUUAGACUACUUGUAGCAAAUGCAUGAUGUAAAACAAACCGAUACCGAUUUGUUUAAAGUCAUUUAAUCGACCUUUUAGGUCAUUUAAGCUACCGUAUGCCUUCUACAGUAACCUUCAAAGGCCCUAAAAGUACAGAAAAUUACUAUCCAAGGGAACUUUUUGCUCAGAAAAACAAACUCUGCAUGUUAAAAAACCUAUAACUGAAUCUUCUGGCUUGCUGAAAUGUUCUAUCCGCCGCAGGUGGUUGGUUCAAGGAUAAAUGGCUAAAAGCAAGCCUAUUUUGGCCUAUUUUUCGGAACUUUUUUAUAGAACGAACUUUACAGACCCGAUUUAUUCUGAAACGGCUAAUGAUUGUAGCAUUACGUUUUCAGGCACGCUGCGUUCAAAUUUGCGUAUCAAAUUUUGUGAUUCUCGUCCAUUCCUCUUGGUAAUUCGGGGUAUAAAGUGUUACGGUAGCUACUUGUUGAAGAUGAUAUGCCAAGAAAAUACUCGAGAUCAUUGAGCAAGCUACUUUUUUUCAUUAAGUAGAUGCACACUGUAUAAUUUAACAGCAUUGGCAAGUUUAAUGCCCAAAAAACAGCCUGACUGACAUUUUUUUUCAGAACCAAUCUUUAUCUCAUGUACAAGGUCGGAGAUGGCUCAUAGCGCCACUCUGUCGAAAAAGUACGGCAGAUACGAAUGUAAUACCCUUUCUAAUAUUACAGAGAACACGAGGAAUGGUAUUAAGAUCAGGUUGGUUCAAAACCAGAUCAAAAAACUCGCAAAUUUCCAAGUGGAACCAAAUACCUGGGACACCCAAAAUUUAAAAAAAAUCGCAAUAACGUCAGACUACUGAAGUCAAAUCGGAUGAAACUUUGCAUAGCUUAUUCUUAAAGGUUGAUUAACACUUGUGUAAAAUUUAAUGGCGUUUGAGAAAAAACGCCUCGAGAUAAGAUCAAAAAAUGGGGUGGAACCAAAAACCUGGGACGCACUGUAUGUAUAAAGGACUCUAUUGUUGUCCCAAAAUGUUCGGUUUUUGCUUUGCAGGCGAGCAGAAACGCUGCAAUUUUCCCGAAAGAAACUGUUGAUUUUUGGUGUAAUGUCCCGAAAUGCUUUGCAAUGCAAAAAAUCUAACAUAGUUUACAAAAAUAAAACCUUAAUAUGCCCUUUAGCUAACUUGCAAAUAAUUUCCAGACACCCGCCAAAACCUUCUCGAAGGAUUCACCGAAGAUUCGAUGGCCCGAAAAGUUGCCAACUACUCGAACACAGUCCUGGCCAUCAUUCCAACUCCCGUCAAACUGAAGACCGACGAAUACAAAAGAUUUUGGAAUCAAAACAACUUUUAUUUGAAGCAAUACGGAACGCAUACGACAAACGUGAAUCAGACAAUCAUGCCGAACAGAGUGGCGUGUUAUCUGUACGAUGCGGUGAUGUUGUAUGCGACUGCAGCGACCGAAUAUUUGAAGGAGAGCAAUAAGACGGCGGAAGAGUCGAUUCAAGAUGGAGAAGGAAUUACCAGUCGUAUUCUUGGACGAACUUAUCGGAGUGAGUCGAGCUUUGAUUUGUAAGAGAAUCGCUUUUGAUAGUGCAGACGCAUCGCUUUUGCUAGACUUAGAACUUGGCGGAAAACGCGCCAGAGUUUACUCUGCAAAGGCUACAGUGGUGGGGGGCCUGAUCCGGUGGCAAAAAACGUAUCAUUUUGCAUCCAGGAAGUAUAAAAAAUGUAGCAAAAUACCUCCCUCUCCAAGUGAAAAAAACUCCGAUUUUAAAAGCGCGCCCGUUCUUUUUGUGAGAGCGCCCUUCAAAACGAAGUUUUUUCACUUGGAGAGGGAGACAUUAUGCCACAUUUUUUGAUACUUCCCGAAUGCAAAACGAUACCUUUUUUGCCACUGGAUCAGGUCCGUCACUGUAUUGUCCUAUAUGUAGGUAGAGACUUUAACGCAAUGUGCCAUUGGCACGUCAUAUGGCACUCUAAUGUUCCACAUUUUUCAGGUAUGCAAGGUUUCGACAUGAGGAUCAACAUGAAUGGAGAUGCCGAAGGAAACUUCACCUUGCUUUCCCUCCAGCCCCUUGAACCGAACAACGACCGCUCGAGCCUCGACUACUAUCCAAUCAGCGCCGGCCUCGACGUCACCGCCGAUUUCAUGGCUGACGGCAAAGCCAACGACUUGCCCAAACUCCGGUUCCACCGCAACGUCCCAUGGCCCUCCGGCACUCCGCCCAAGGACGAGCCGGAAUGCGGGUUCGAUGGGGCCAAGUGCCGGAAUGAACGGGAGUAUCGGAUCAGAUUGGCGAUUUACAUUACAUCGGCCGUCUUAUUCUUCAUUCUCUUGAUGUCAGCGGCUUGGGCAUACCACCGGAAAACGUUUGAGGAUAAGAUUUCGAACAUCUGGAGGAUCGAGGAAAGGGAAAUCCACAAGAUUGUGCAUACCAAUACCUCAGCAAACUCGCUGUAUUUAUACGACGCUGGAAGCAGACAGAGCUUGUUAAGGUAAGCGGAACAUACUAAUUUAAGUAAUGAAUUACUCAUAAUACUUUGAAGAAUUUUUACUAUUUUUGAUGAGCUGCCUAAUAAAUAUUCAAAAAAUCAUCAUGGAUUACAUAUUUUUUGUGAAUUGCAAAGGGAUUUGUCUUUUGCCAGCCAAGUCUACCUAUUAUAGCAUUUUUAUGAAAGACUCAGAGUGCUUAUUACUAGUUGGACAUGUAUCAUUGCUCAAGGGUCAUUUAGGUCUCAACGCCAAAGUCGAAAAAGUACGCCAAAUAGAUGAAACUUUGAUGAAACUUGGCACAAAUUCAGAAUAAAAUUAAUCAAGAUAUAUACCAGAUUCCAAACUUGCGCUUUGCCGAAACGACCGAGAUUUUUUGGGUUGAAACUCGGCAAAAAAUUGCCACUUUUUUUGCCAAUUUUGGCAUGAAAAGUUUCAAAAAAGGUUCUUCCAUAGAGUGUAAUGCCUCCAUAAAAAAAUUAAUCAAAAAUGACAAAGAUAUGAGCAAAAAAAUUGUUAGUCUGUUGUUUUCCAUUGUAAUUUUUCGUAUUUCAGCCCGCUCAAGGAUAACAAUGUCACGGACAAACGCUUCAACUCCCUUCGCUUUGUCGCCCUCUACAAAAACGUCGCCGUUGCUGUAAAAGAGUUGAACUACACGCGCAAAAUGAAAGAGCCAUCGCGAGAAACCCGAAUCGAAAUGAAAGCCAUGGUCCAGCUUCGGCAUGAUAAUGUCAACUCCUUCAAGGGAAUCAUCCUACAGCCCUCGCAGAACAAGAUCCUCGUUGUGAGGGAGUUCUGUCAAAAGAAUUCCUUGUUGGAUAUGCUGAAGAAUAAGGACAUCAAGUUGGAUCAUAUUUUUGUGACUUCGUUUGUUGAGGACCUCAUCAAGGGGAUGAUUUAUAUCCAUGAGAGUGAGGUCCGAGUUCAUGGGAAUCUCAAGUCGAGUAACUGCUUGAUUACGAAUCGAUGGGCGUUACAGGUAAGCAUUUUACAAGGGAAGUACUUGAAGUGUGACGCUCAGAUUUUGAUGAAACUUGGCAUAAAUUUAGAAUAAUUUUUUCUAAGAUAUAUGCGAGAAUCCUAGCUCGCGCUUUACAGAAACAACCGAGAUUUUUAGAUCAAAAGUCGGCGAAAAUUUAGGACUUUUUGCCGAAUUUCGGCACGAAAAGUUUCAUGCCUAUUUCAACUGUAAAGGAUAAUGUUUCUACAAAAAAUCAAAUUUUUCCGCACGAAACUGCCAAAGUUAUGGCCAAAAAGCGCUUUUCUCUCUGACCGCUCUCCACGUUUAGCGUGCUCUCUCGGCGGCAAAAAUCGUUCGAUAUCUCGGCGGCGCCCGCAAAGCGCGAGCUAAAACUUUCAGGAAUUGAUAUUUAGUCCAUACCCGAUGUGUGUGCAAAAUUUAAAGAAAAUCUGAGCGUCACACUUGAAGUACUUCCCCUGUUAGUCUUAUUCUGUAAUAAAAAUAAUAUAAAAAUUACAUAGUUACCUCUUACUGUAUAUACCUCAAAAUCUUACUCUUCCAAUUUCAGGUCGCUGACUUUGGCCUCAACGAGCUCCGUCAAGGGGUUUCCCCUGUCAGCGAGGAAGCCAAAUGGGAAAGUCGGCUUUGGGUGGCUCCUGAACUUCUGAAGACGAUCGACUCCAACCAAGGAAUGAAACCAACUCAAAAGUCUGACGUCUACUCUUUCGGUGUAAUCCUGCAUGAGAUCAUAACUCGCCGCGGUCCCUACGAAGUGUAUACGGCGACCAAUGGUGGUGCGGAUGAGAUCAAAGCGAUCGUCGAGAGGAUUAUGAAUCCCAAGGAGACGCCAGACGGGCUCAUUGUUCACCGACCGGACUUAAAGAACACUGAAUGCCAAGACUACAUCAAAUCGACAAUAUCCAUGUGCUGGGAGGAGAUCCCAAUGAUCCGGCCCGACUUUAGACAUGCCAUUCGACAGAAGCUGAAGCCAAUGUCAGCCGGAAUUCACAAGAGAAACAUCGUGGACCAUAUGAUGCUCAUGAUGGAGAAAUACCAAACGGAUCUCGAGAACCUGGUGGAAGAGCGAACGGCCCAAUUGAAUCGUGAGAAAUGCAGGACGGAAAACCUGCUGCAGCGUAUGCUACCGCCAUCUGUUGCUGCUCAACUAAUGUAUGGAGGAGAGGUGAAGCCUCAGUCAUUCGAAAUGGUCACAAUCUACUUCUCUGAUAUUGUUGGAUUCACAAACAUCAGUGGGUCCUCAACACCGAUGCAGGUCGUCAGUCUGCUCAACAAUUUGUACACGCUUUUUGACUCGGUCAUCAAACAGUAUGAUGUGUAUAAAGUAGAGACGAUUGGAGAUGCGUAUAUGGUAGUGUCCGGGGUGCCCAACUUCAAAGACGCGAUGACUCACGGAUACGAAGUGUGUAUGAUGUCGUUGCAUCUGUUGGAUGCCUCUCAAGCCUUCAAGAUUCCGCAUAUGCCGGAGGAGAAGCUGAGGGUGCGGAUUGGGAUUCACUCGGGCCCUUGUGUUGCUGGAGUUGUCGGAAAGACCAUGCCGCGGUAUUGCUUGUUUGGAGAUGCGGUCAAUGUGGCGAGUCGGAUGGAGAGUAAUGGACUUCGUAAGUUGUGGCUGUUAUAGGCAGCGUGAGUGAAGUGACGUCUCUUAUAUGUUGUGAAUUUCUACAGCUUUUUUUGCCAUGCAAUUGAAACUCAAGGUCGAAUGCAUGCAUUAGGUUUGCAACGGUUUUGAAAAACUCUUUGAACUUUCUCUGAAGUAAAGCAGCUUAUAUUAGGUUGAUGCAAAAGGAAUUGCGGAUUUUUUAAUUUAUUCGUAUUUUUUUAUAGGAUAGCUCAAUUCAAAAAUGGAAAAAGGUAUAUAGUAGUAAAUUUUAAGAGGAUUUUUUCUGUAUAUGUGCUAUUCUUAUAAAAGUUAUCAAACGUUACCAUAAGUUACCACGAAGGUACCCUAAACAUGUUAGUACAUUUUAAACCAAUUUUUUUACAUAUUUUUUUGCGGCUUUAUCCAUUUUUGAAAAUAUUUUGAUAAAAUACGUUAUAUUCUAUCAAAAAACAAAAAAACCCCCAUUUUUGGCAAAGCGUUAAAACGCUAUCCCAAAAAUUCAAAUUUCAGCAAAUUUUACAAAUCGUGUCAUAUCUUUUUUUUAAUAAGUCCAAAAUAAAAAAUUCUUUUUGCUUUCGAUUAGUAACAACAUUUUUAAGGCUUUCUUGAAAAAAAGACAUCAAAAUCUUGAAUUUUAUUUUUUGGUCAAAAAAUGUCAAAAAAAUAAAUUUUUUUGAUUUUGAUGUUUUUUGUCACAAAAAUCUUAAAAAUGUUGUUACUAAUCGAAAGCAAAAAGAAUUUUUUAUUUUGGACUUAUUAAAAAAAAGAUAUGACACGAUUUGUAAAAUUUGCUGAAAUUUGAAUUUUUGGGAUAGCGUUUUAACGCUUUGCCAAAAAUGGGGGUUUUUCGCCACUGAUCAGGUACCUCACUGUAGGAUCUAUACCCAUUCCUUAGCUCUCUAAAAAAGUUCAAAGUCUGACCAAUAAAACCUUCCUAUUUCUAAUUUCAGCCCACCGCAUCCACGUCAGUCAGAACACUGCCAACAUCAUUAGUGGUCUUUCCGAGUUCCAUCUGGAGGAACGUGGGUUGGUGGAGGUGAAAGGAAAGGGUCAAAUGAGAACGUACUGGUUGAGUAUCGCGUCCGACCGCGUCUUCCCGCAAACCGACAUUGACAAGCUGCAAAUGGAGCAGGACAAGUUGGAGUAUUUCCCAUCCAGCAUCUUUGCCGAUCGCGCUCAUGAUUUGAAGAUCCGAAAGGCGCCCGCUAAGCCGAUGACGAGAGGAUUUAGUAAGUUUUUUCUGUUAAUUUACCUAUCAAAACUGCAUAUUUUGACCAUGAAUUUACAGCCAUGGACGCCGAGGAUAUUUCCCGUCUCUCGCUCCUGAAUGAAAGUCAGCAAAUCCUGAAUGCGGAUGGCGGUGGAAUUCUGAAGCGAAUGCUGGCCAAAGUCACCCAACAGCCGGACAAAUAUGGCCCACUACAGGCCCAAUCGCAGUCCUUUAUUCCACCAACAACUUCAAUGGCGGCCGAAGUUAAGCGAGCUCUCCGCACCAACCGACCAAUCUCGCCGAAUCGCAGUAGACUUUACAAGGUUUUCGAGUCGAAUGAGGAGAACCUCGGGCUGCUGAAUGGAGGCUUUGAACUUGAUCAGCUUAAGACUUCGAAUUCGAGGAGGAAGUUGACAAAACGGCGCCCAGACACGAUCGACGAGGAUAUGAUGGAGCAGCGGAAAAAGACUAGCCAGAGUACGAACGGGAGUUUGGCGACCACAGGUUCGAAAAGUGGAUCUGGAGAGGUCAGAGAGAUCAAAGAGAAGCCACAAAGAAAGAGGUCGUCUUCAGCGCCGGAAAUGGAUAAGAUGGAGCCCUUGUGGAGGCAAUAUGAGAGCCGGCAGCUAUCGCAACAGCAGAAUGUAAGUUUUUUCCCAGCAUUCAAUGAGCUCUAUUUGUCUUAAAGAAAUGCAGCAUCCCAUCAGUGGUCUCUAUGUAAUAAUUUUCUUUUAGAAAGCAAAUCCCAACGUUCCUACCGGCUCCUGCGAUCAAAGCUUCUUCGAUCUAGCACACACGCCUCGCGACUUCAACAACCCGUCGGCUACGCAAGUCUAUCGAUCAGAUGAGCUGACGCCCAUCAACGAAAAUCUCACCGACGCCUCCUCGCAUUGGUCGAAUGAAUGGCCAAAGCGAAAAUCGCCGGUAUCCACAAGUUCCUCAAGUCUUUAUGAGACCGCCAAGCGGAAGAACGCGCUCGGACAAUUCCCUGGGAUUUCUGGCGAUAUCAAGGCUUUAGAGCAGAUCCAUCAAACCACUUUUGAAUACCCCAAAGAUGUCUCGGACGACGAGAAGGAAGCCAGCUUGCCAAUGAGAUCUCGAGCAGGCUCUACGGUGUCUAAAGGCCGAUUACUGCCCAAAAAAGUCAGCACAAAUGAAAUGGAGAUGCGAGAAGUGUGCAAAAAGCCGGAAGUGGUCAAGAAAUUGUCGAUCGUUGACUCCGUGAUGCCGAGAAAUAUCCCAAAUAAGCACUCGUUCAGCGGCGGGAUCUUCGGCGAGCCAACGCCAGAACCCCCAAUGAUUCUGGACUUUGACGACGAAGAGGAGCUGAUUCCAACAAAGAAAACGAGUGAUGCUCGUCAGCCGAACUACUCCUACCCCGAUCAACCGAAUUACGACUACUACAACGGGUAUUACGGCACGGAUCUGGACAGUAUGCAUGACAGUGGGACUGUGCAUCCACUGCUGAAUGAUAGCAAGGUUAACGUGGCUGUUGACGAGAUGGAUGAGAUUGAAGCGCGGAUUCAACGCGCCCACGAGAGACGUCGGAACAAUCAUAUCCCGAAGGAUAAGUCAAUGGAGCGACUAACGAGACUGUUGAAGAAACUGGAUGAAGAGACUAGUGAAGAGAAGAUCAAGGAGAAAAUACUUCCAAAACGACCGCCACGGCCGAAAAAUCUCCGAAAUUCGAAUUUCGCGGCUCCUCCAAGGCCCGAGAAGAAGGUGAAUAUCAGCAAGAGUUAUACCUCGGAAUUGAAUGCGAUGAACAACAACCAAGACUUGGAGAGAAGCCCGUUGACAAGCUCUACAGAUACGAACAGCUCCGACGAGAGCAAUCGAAAUGGCCAGCAUUUUAUUGUCGAUCUGUCGGAUGUGUAA